GCUUGUGAUCUUUUCAGUUUCUCCAGCUGCUGGCUUUUUGGACACCCACUCCCCCGCGAGGAGGCAGUUGCAAGCGCGGAGGCUGCGAGAAAUAACUGCCUCUUCAAACUUGCAGGGCGGAGAGCGGGCGGCGAGCGCUGGGCCGGGGAGGGACCACCCGAGCUGCGACGGGCUCUGGGGCUGCUGGGCAGGGCUAGCGCCCGGAGCCUGAGCUGCAGGAGGUGCGCUCGCUUUCCUCAACAGGUGGCGGCGGGGCGCGCGCCGGGAGACCCCCCCCCCCGCUAAUGCGGGAAAAGCACGUGUCCGCAUUUUAGAGAAGGCAAGGCCGGUGUGUUGAUCUGCAAGCCAUUAUACUUGCCCACGAAUCUUUGAGAACAUUAUAAUGACCUUUGUGCCUCUUCUUGCAAGGUGUUUUCUCAGCUGUUAUCUCAAGACAUGGAUAUAAAAAACUCACCAUCUAGCCUUAAUUCUCCUUCCUCCUACAACUGCAGUCAAUCCAUCUUACCCCUGGAGCACGGCUCCAUAUACAUACCUUCCUCCUAUGUAGACAGCCACCAUGAAUAUCCAGCCAUGGCAUUCUAUAGCCCUGCUGUGAUGAAUUACAGCAUUCCCAGCAAUGUCACUAACUUGGAAGGUGGGCCUGGUCGGCAGACCACAAGCCCAAAUGUGUUGUGGCCAACACCUGGGCACCUUUCUCCUUUAGCGGUCCAUCGCCAGUUAUCACAUCUGUAUGCGGAACCUCAAAAGAGUCCCUGGUGUGAAGCAAGAUCGCUAGAACACACCUUACCUGUAAACAGAGAGACACUGAAAAGGAAGGUUAGUGGGAACCAUUGCGCCAGCCCUGUUACUGGUCCAGGUUCAAAGAGGGACGCUCACUUCUGCGCUGUCUGCAGCGAUUACGCAUCGGGAUAUCACUAUGGAGUCUGGUCGUGUGAAGGAUGUAAGGCCUUUUUUAAAAGAAGCAUUCAAGGACAUAAUGAUUAUAUUUGUCCAGCUACAAAUCAGUGUACAAUCGAUAAAAACCGGCGCAAGAGCUGCCAGGCCUGCCGACUUCGGAAGUGUUACGAAGUGGGAAUGGUGAAGUGUGGCUCCCGGAGAGAGAGAUGUGGGUACCGCCUUGUGCGGAGACAGAGAAGUGCCGACGAGCAGCUGCACUGUGCCGGCAAGGCCAAGAGAAGUGGCGGCCACGCGCCCCGAGUGCGGGAGCUGCUGCUGGACGCCCUGAGCCCCGAGCAGCUAGUGCUCACCCUCCUGGAGGCUGAGCCGCCCCAUGUGCUGAUCAGCCGCCCCAGUGCGCCCUUCACCGAGGCCUCCAUGAUGAUGUCCCUGACCAAGUUGGCCGACAAGGAGUUGGUACACAUGAUCAGCUGGGCCAAGAAGAUUCCCGGCUUUGUGGAGCUCAGCCUGUUCGACCAAGUGCGGCUCUUGGAGAGCUGUUGGAUGGAGGUGUUAAUGGUGGGGCUGAUGUGGCGCUCAAUUGACCACCCCGGCAAGCUCAUCUUUGCUCCAGAUCUUGUUCUGGACAGGGAUGAGGGGAAAUGCGUAGAAGGAAUUCUGGAAAUCUUUGACAUGCUCCUGGCAACUACUUCAAGGUUUCGAGAGUUAAAACUCCAACACAAAGAAUAUCUCUGUGUCAAGGCCAUGAUCCUGCUCAAUUCCAGUAUGUACCCUCUGGUCACAGCGACCCAGGAUGCUGACAGCAGCCGGAAGCUGGCCCACUUGCUGAACGCCGUGACCGAUGCUUUGGUUUGGGUGAUUGCCAAGAGCGGCAUCUCCUCCCAGCAGCAAUCCAUGCGCCUGGCUAACCUCCUGAUGCUCCUGUCCCACGUCAGGCAUGCGAGUAACAAGGGCAUGGAACAUCUGCUCAACAUGAAGUGCAAAAAUGUGGUCCCAGUGUAUGACCUGCUGCUGGAGAUGCUGAAUGCCCACGUGCUUCGCGGGUGCAAGUCCUCCAUCACGGGGUCCGAGUGCAGCCCGGCAGAGGACAGUAAAAGCAAAGAGGGCUCCCAGAACCCACAGUCUCAGUGACGCCUGGCCCUGAGGUGAACUGGCCCACAGAGGUCACAGGCUGAAGCGUGAACUCCAGUGUGUCGGGAGCCUGGGCUUCAUCUUUCUGCUGUGUGGUCCCUCAUUUGGUGAUGGCAGGCUUGGUCAUGUACCAUCCUCCCCUCCACCUCCCCAACUCCCAGGAGUCGGUGUGAGGAAGCCAUAGUUUUCCUUGUUAGCAGAGGGCACAUUUGAAUGCAGCGUUUCCACACUCAAUGGCCUCAUAGGAUCUCAGUGUGGUCUUACUUUCCUUCUUCCUUCCUCCCCUUUGUGAAACAUCUUAAAGGUUUUGGAAUGAAUGGUGGAAAUCUGACUUGGAAGGGCUGCGAAUCAGAAAGGGGAGAGGAAGUGACACGCUUACAGAAGCGGGCUAACCCUUCUUGUGUGGCACACACUACCCUUCCCUUUGAGAGUUGACCUUUGCUGUUUUCCAGACCACUCCAUUGUAAGAUUGAAAACCCCUGUGACAAUUGCGUACUUACCUCCCAGGCCUGUGGGGACUGAUCAUAUCAUAUGAUGCUUAUUCUGUCAAAGGCCAGAGGGACUGUGGUUAAGCUGGGAUGUGAGUCAUGUUCUCUCCCUGACCUUGCUGCCAGCUGCACACAGAUUUGUCCCUCUCGAUUUGUAUUCACAGAGCCUGCCAAUAAUUUGGGGUAUGUGUGUAUGAGCGUGUGAUCAUUUUCAUGCAGGACUGUGGGAGAUACAAAUCUCCCUGCUUCUGGAGCUGCUCUUCCUUAAACCUGUUGUCCCAUGGGGCCAGCGUGGGUGCUGGAGAAAGGCCGUGUUUGCAGGAAUGGGGUUCUCUCCUGUGGGUGUGGGUGACAGCCACAGUGUUUCCCUGGGGCAAUGUGGAUGCAGUUUCCAUCUUGUACAACCUCAUAAGUAGCAGCCACAAUUGCCACAUCAGUCACCACAAGUAGUCAGGGAUACUUUGGGCUGUGGAUGUGUGCAGUGUGCUGUUUUAUGGAUGGAUGAGUAGCUAUGCACCCCAGUGUGUCAGCUCUGGGGCCACACUGUAUAGCCUUGAUGAGUACGCCCCUUGAACAAGACCCAGUUUGUGAACUCUCCUUAAAGAGAAAUAUUUAGGGAUAAUUAUUUAUAGCAAGAAAGAAUUCUUUUACACUUGAGAGCUCUUUUAAAAAUAUUUUCUUAUUGGAAAAUUUAUAUGGUGGGCAGGGUGAAAAAGAAAUAGUAAAAAUAUUAGUUCUUAUUCCAAGUGGAACAUAAAUAGGACAUGAAGAAGGGCACCUCUGAAAUGACAACUUUAACUCACUUUUUAAAAGAUUUGAAAUUUUCAGUUUUGGAUACACAGUGAAUAUGCAAAAUGAGUAACAGCAUACUUUGGAAGCCAGCAAUUAAUCAUGUUUCAUUAUUGCAGUAAUGUUUUAAACAAUUACCUUGUGAUAUGAUAUUAAAUAUAUUUUCUUUUUGAAAAUAUGUUCACUUUGGGUAGCACAUCCUGUAUUUACUAAGUCAUUAGGAAGACUGCAUUCAGUGUUACCAAGACUGGUUUUUGCUAGUAAGACCUCGAAUAAUCCCUAAUUUUGAUACUGGUGCAAUUUUACUAAAAGUUGAGCUUAGCUGUUUCAGAAAUGCUUGGACAAGUACCUAGAGAACACACUGAUGUCUGUGUUCUGAGGCAGUCUGAAGUUAUUCUUAGAGACUCAGUUACAGCUUUAGUAAGAUUUAGUACAGGCAGGAUAAGCUUGGUUUCAUAGGAACCAGGGAACCAGUGUUAGUGUCAGCUUCUUUCCUCCUGGUCAGCCUAGAAUCCCCCACUCCCAAUAGAGGGGUUUGGAAGCUGGAGAGUAGGAAGUAAGAGGCAAAGAAGGCAGUCUUCAACAACUCAUUAUCUGCCAGUGAAAUUCUAUUAAAUGUAUUUUUAAAAGAGAUUACCAGGUAACAAAAACAUAAAAAACCAAAACAAGGCCAGAUGUGGUGGCUCACGCCUGUAAUCCCAGCACUUUGGGAGGCCGAGGUGGGCGAACCACUUGAGCCCAGGAGUUUGACUCCAGGCUGGGCAACAUGGAAACCCUGUCCUACAAAAGAUACAAAAAUUAGCCAGGCGUGGUGGUGCAGGCCUGUAGUUCCAGCUACCUGGGAGGCUGAGGUGGGAGGAUCACCUGAGCCUGGGGAGAUCAAGGCUGCAGUCCAUUGCACUCCAGCCUGGGUGACAGAGGGAGACCCUGUCUCAAAAAAAAAAAAAAAAAAAUUGCCACGAAAUAUAUAUAUAUAAUUUUUUUUUUUUUGAGAGUAGAUCUUAAGACAGAGAUCACUUCUACUCCUGGGAGUGAACUGGCAACGGCAAUCCCUUUAGAGCCUCGAGUGGGCAGUCUCAGGAGCGCCGCACAGUGAGUUUCCAGCUGAGCUAUUCUCACCGAAUCUCGCUCUGUUCUCACUGCACCCCUCUGUCAGGCCUGUCUCAUAGUCACUGCCCACCAGGACUGACUACAAAAGACUUGACCCUAAAAUAGUCUUGAAGGGAUUUUUCUCAAAAAAUUAAGGCGGGAACACAAGACGAAGCUGUCAGCCUAGUCACAAAUCUGAAGACUCUUAACUGCAUUAAAAAUAGUGCAAAAUCGGCAGGAGCUGUACAGUGUGAGUCUUGGUCUGGAAUACUCCCCCUGCUAACUCAGCUGGAAGGGCAACUAUCUUAGAUUUCAGUAAGGAAGAAAAAUCAGUUACCAAUACUUGGCAGAGCCAUAUUAUAUAUCCAUAUAUAUUUAUGUAUAUAAGUGGAAUUGAAGCAAUUCUAGAAUUUUCUAGCAUGUGAAAGCAAGGUUUGGUUCUUAUUUACGUCUGCUAAGGGACUUUUCAAAUUCAAAGUGAACCUUCUGUUUAUAGGCCUAUUUUGAAACAAAGUAUCCUCACUUAAUAAGAUUUGACACCUUUUUUUUUUUUUUUUUUUUGAGACAGGGUCUGACUACUGUUGCUCAGGCUAGAGUGCAGUGGCGCCAUCAUGGCUCACUGCAGCCUCGACCUCCUGGGCUCAAGCGAUCCUCCCACCUCAGCGCCCCAUCCCACCCCAUUCCUGCCCUCCCCGAGUAGCUGGGGCUACAGGUGCACACCACCACUCCUGGCUAAUUCUUUUAAUAUUUGUAGAGAUGGGGUUUUACUAUGCUCCCCAGGCUGGUCCUGAACUCCUGGGCUCCAGCGAUCUGCCUGCCAAGGCCUCCCAAAGUGCUGAGAUUACAGGCAUGAGCCACUGUGCCCAGCCCCGCCACAUUUUUUUUUAAGUUGCUGAAAAUCUUUUAAAAAGAUAAAAACACAUUAUUUAGUACCUAAAGAUAAUAUCUGUGCCAGACACAGUUCUCAGUGCCUCAGACACUCACAUUUAAUCCUUAUUAUAAUAACUGCUAUUUCCUUAUUUUCUGGUUGUGGAACUAGACAUGGUCUAAGCAAACUUGCUGAAGGUCACGUGGGGAGUGACUGAGCUGAACACAGGCAGUCCAAGUCCAGUGCUGACAGUGACCAUGCACUUCGAACAGUUUAAAAAUUUAAAGAAAAAUAUUUUAAAACUGCAGAAUCUAUCAGAUGCAACCUGACAUGCACGGCUGCUGUGAUUUAAAUGGGGCCCCCUUGUGAUACCCCCUUACCUCCCACCACAAUGUCCAGAACACCCCUACAGACACAGUAAGUUUGUAAACCUCUCACAUCAAAGUUCAACUCCACCUUUCAUAUCUGUGUAAAUUAAAGCCCACGGGGGCAAAUUCACCUAUUCAAGGUCAUAAAACUACUCAUGGCAAAGCUUGGACUGGCACGCAAGUCUUCUGCUUGCCUAGCGGGCCAGUAUUGCUCCUGCCCCAGGACUUGCUUCUGUGAGAAUCUGCUUUGUGAGCUGAGUUGCAGCAGAAUGGAGGGGCGGUGAAGUUAGGGUUGUCUUCUGCUGUACCUUUAGAUCCCAUCUCCUCAGCUUAGAUGGGUCUGCAUGAGCCUUUACACAACAGCAGCAAUGACAGAUGGAAAAAUAAGAUGCAUAUUCUGUUAUUCCCAGUGUCCUAUCCCAGGUUCAUGAGCUCUAGUGGGUACUGCGAUCACCUCCUAUCUGUGACUGCUUUCCCCAAACACGUGGAAUAUGUUCCUUGGAAGUGUACUCAUGUAAAAUUCACAUCUUUUAGGCACUGCUGCUUCCCUGUGGAGUGUGAUAUACUAUAGUGUGAAAACACAUGCCACUUAUUCUUCAUAGCUCUCAAACUUGCUGGAAUUUUGGCUCCAGUGGCAGCUCUUAAGAUGUGCAUUGUCUGUGAUGUAUGAUCGUAGUGCCAUUUUUGUUGCUUUGGAGUCAGGGAGUUUGUUUGUUUGUUUGUUUGUUUUUUAAUUCCGAGGAUCCUAUUCACUUGUAGGGCCAGCCACUGGUAACUGGUGGUGGGUUUCCUCUAUGGGAAGCACAUAAGGAGUGGUGAUACCAGCCGCGAACAGUUCCUGUUGUUUUGCAUUUGUUUCCUCUGUUGGGUGUCUAAAUGCCUUAACUGUUGGUCCUAUACCUUUUGUCAUUCAAUGUGUACUUCAGAGCCUGUUGGUUGGCUAUAAUUUGCCAUUUUCUCAGACGAAUGCUUUGUACCAUUACACUAAUUUGUUGACUUCAUUUGCAGGCUUUACAUUUGGGCCUUGUAGAAAUGAAUGUUUGCUGCUCUGUGAAAGCAGAUUUUGAGACCUGCUUUCCCUUCCUCCAGGGAGUGUUUUCCUUACUGUGUCCCUUUAAUGUCUAUGGCACUGUCGCAGAGAGUUUAACAUGAUAUAAAUAAAGUGUUUCAUUAUUUUGGCUUUAAAAA